AUGAAUUGGAAUCCUCAACUCCAUUAUCCAAAUGCAAAUGGUGCCCAACUUCCCAAUUUGUUUACUAGUCCUCCAGUUUAUCCUCAUAGCAACACCACCUUUGUAAGACCAACUUCUUUCGAAACUUCACCAAGUCCAUUUGAUGUCGAUCAAUUUCUCACAGAUAUUCAAAACCGCUCAGCCAGAGAAAUAAACAGCGAGAGGGCCGUUUUUUCUUCGCCUAUUUCAGUUCCUGCUUCACCACUUCCUUCAUUUAUUGACCGCGAAAACGAAAGACGAGAUAACAGAACUAGAUAUGACUUCAACCAAGCUGUUCUUGAUACAGUCAUUGAUACAAUUUAUUUAAGACUUUAUCCUACUGAUAUUUGGGAAUCGGCACGGCUAACUGCAAAACAAAUCGUUGAUCAGUACUUCAAACGACGAUCCUCCAAGAAAAUGCCGUUUCAUUAUAAGCUUUACAAUGCUCUACAAAUAACAACCCAACACCCAGAAUUAGUCCCUGUAUUUGGAGCUCAGUGGGUCACAGACACAGUUUUUAAGAUAUAUCGUCUUCCGUUUGCAAAUCUACUCGGCGUGGGAUCGAUUAAUGGCGCUUUGUUUAAUAAACAAGGUUCAUUACCAACCCACGGCUUUUUAACUGUAUUCCCUCAGACUGUAUAUGGAAUAAAUCCGAGAAUGAUUUCAGAUGUCGAUAACGACUCGGUAAGGAUGUUUCGCCACGCUUCACCUUAUUUCCAUAUAAAUGCAACCGAAUCAGAACUAGCAAAAUGCAGAUGGAAGAAUCCUAGAAAUUAA